AUCCGCUGUUCGUUAAACUGAGGCGGGAAGCGCGGCGGCGGGCAGUCACUCGCAGUGUUUCGGUGCAGAAACGUCGUUUUUACCGGACGAGUCGCCGCCAACAUGGUGAGGACCAAAGCCGAUAGCGUUCCCGCGUCGUACAGAAAAGCUGUUGCAGCUUCUGCACCCAGGAAGUCUCUGGGUUCCGGUUCAGCCAACUCUUCAUCGUCCAGCAGCGGCUCGUCCACUCCGGCUAAGAACAAGUACGCUGGGGGCAACUCCGUGUGUCCUCGCCCCACCCCGACCUGGCAGAAAGGCAUCGGGGACUUCUUCGGCGGACCCCCCAGGAAGCCCGAGAAGGAGAACCAGAGACCUCAAGAGGCUGAUGAUGAUGAGGAGGCGGGGGGCAGCGGGAUGACGAAGGCCAGCAGGAAGUCCAGACCUCUUCCUGCCGACGAUGAAGACGACUGAACGUGUUUCUGCCUCCGUCUGAACUUCUUGUUGUACAUCUGUAAAUAGUUUCUGAGCUCUUGUUUUGUAAAGAUCAUUAAACUUGUUUUAAACCUGCA